AUGAAGCUCACGGUUGUCGUUAUGUUGUGCGGAUUGGUCGUCGGUCCGAAUCCCGGGUGUCUGGGCGCAUCUCUGUCGGGAUUUCUACCUGAGCAGGAGUUGCAGGGGACGGGUUCCAUCGGUCCGCGGAGAAGCACGGCGGGCGACUUUCCGGAGGACCCCGACCUGUGUUUCUCCCUGAGAGAAAACGACACCCAGCGCCAGCUCCUGUGCAACGAGCGCACCGACAAGUUCAACAUCAACCCGUUCGGCCUCCGCUUCGGGAAGCGCUACAAUCGCGGCUACGUCUACAGGCGGGCCGUUCAGAGGGCCACGACGAGCAGAUUUUCGCCUCCGACGCUCUUUCGGCGACGACUGGAGGCGCUGACCUGA